UUAAAAAUGAUGCGUUUUCUUCAGAUUUUUACCCUGCUAACCUUCUGUCUGCUACUUUUCUCUAGCCUGGGCAUCCCGAACCUCUCGUUACAGAAGUGGCGCUGCUGAUGAUGAUGAGGCGAGAACCCAUAAGCCCCUUCGUCAUACAACUAUACGAGUGGUUUGAACAUCCUAAAGAAUUCACUCUGGUUAUGGAGUAUCCUGAACCCUACGAUAUCUUGCUGGACUUCAUCACUCGUAAUCAUCAAAUGCAUGAACCAACAGCACGGUUCAUCAUGCGACAGGCUGUGCUGGCAGUGCAACACUGCAUCCAUCAUGGGGUUUUCCACAAUGACAUCCAUGCGCAGAAUUUCCUGUUGAAGAGAGACCCGGUACAGCUCAAGCUGAUAGACUUUGGCUGCGGUCAGCUGUUUAGUAGAGAUGGCUACGAGAGCAACAUUUACAUUGGAGCACCGGAUUACUGCCCACCUGAAGUCUUGACAGAACCUCGAUUCCACGCCGUCCCAGCAAAUGUCUGGUCUCUAGGAGUGUUGUUGUACAAGAUGAUGAACGGAUGUUCUCCUUUUCGCAAUAGAAGAAAAAUCACACAAGCCAAAGUUACAUUUCUGAACCCCACCUUAUCCAAAAGAAAUGACAUACUUGCUGAGAGCUCUGAGCUCGAGACUCGACCCGAAGCCUGAAGUCCAACUCCAUCCUGACAGGAACUCAGAGUCUGUCCACGUCUGAGCAAGAACACGAGAGACUGCAAGACAGGAACGAAGUCAUCAAGUCAUCACACACACAUUUGCUUUGUUUUAAAGGUCAAGACAAGUCAUCUUCUACAAACAUUUGUGAAAGAAUGUGUCG